GACUUCCGGCUUUGUUGCUCGGUUUAGUUAAUACGGUUGCUAUGCAACAAAGGUAGCAACAACAGAGGGAGAACUGAGUGUGGCGGACAGAUACGGAGUUAAAGAUGAUGGCCACGGCUUCCGCUCCUGUUGUCCAGUAUGGCAGGAGGAAGGGUUCGAGUAGAGUGCAGUCAGCUGAAAAGCAGUCGGAACAGGUUAUGAUCAAUCCAGUUGACCUUCGCCAGAUUACUGUUCUUCCAAAGGCAGAAUGGGAAAGAAUUCAGAAUAAUGUAAACACUUUGGAGAAAGAAGCAAGGGAAAUUUAUGAAGAAAUGAAAGAGAGAGAAGCUCUGCAUUUACGGUCCAAAGACAUAGUGAAAAACUGGACUAAUACUAUUGCUGGACAGAGACAGAAAAAACUGAUAGCAAAAAAGCUACGGGAAGAAAAAGAAGAGGAGGAGAAAAAAAAGAUUGAUUUAGAAGAAGCCAAGUAUCAGGCAGAAAAAAGAAGAGAGGCAAUUGAGAAAGCGAGGAUCAAACAGUAUUAUGAGACUGACAAAGUCAAGAAAUUUCAUGGUGCACUUUUACUUACUGAAGUAAUGAAAGAAAGAGAAGCACAGAUUGAAUUGAAGAAUAAAAGGAUGCUUCUGGAGAAGAAUAGGGAUGUGGAUUUUGUAAAGAGAGAACUGGAAGAAGGCAUAGUGACUGACCAAAAGAGAGCCCUUCAGCAGAUCACAGCCAGAAAGAAAAACACAGAGGACAUCCUAAAACAGAUAGAGGAACACAAACAUGCUGCCGAGUUAGAGAAAAUAACAGAGAUGAAAGAAGGUGAAGAAAUAAGGAAACUAACAAGAAUGUAUGAGUUAGAAAUGAACAAGUUGGCACAAAUGAAAAUAGAACAAAAACGACAUAUCAUGAUGGAUCAUCUUGCACAUGUAGGAGAUAAGAAUUUUCUUACAGAGCUUGAAAAGCAACAUCAGGAAGCUGAAGACGACAAAAUUCGAAAUUUCAUUCUUGCAAAGAAAAAGUUGGGCGGUAUCCGAAAAGCAAGAGAAGAAGAAAUAAAUAGACUUACUGUAGAGCGUAGAGAUCAAAUCACUGAGCAUCUGGCAGCAAAACUAAAAGAGCAACAGGAUGAUGAAGAUGAGCGUAUCCGCAAUGCAGUUACUGAAUUAGAAUCAAAGAACAAAAAAGAAAGCGAAGAAAAAGAAGCUAAAUUGAAGGCAGACAUAAAGGCAAUCACAGAGCACAGGCUAGCUAUGAGGCACAAAAAAGAGCAGGAAGAGAGAGAGCAGAAGUUCAAAGCUAAGCAAGAGCUUUAUGCCAUAAAAGAAGCAGACAACCUGUUUAUUACCCAUGAAAAAGAGAAAAUGAGAAGAGCAGAAGAAGAGAAGAAGAUUACGCAAACCAUGCAAAUUCAGCAAAUGGCUGAGAAGUCCACAAUGUCUCAACUGGAAAAACAAGCGGAGCUAAAGUAUGCCAAACAAAAUGAAAAAUGUAUAGCUAAGGAAGAAGAAGAUUUCCAAAAGUAUGCAGAACAAGUGAUUGAUUCUGUUACUAAAGCUGGAAGAAAUCCAUAUCCACUUAAAAAAGCUGCACAAAGUGGUAUUGGUGGUGGGCGUGGCCCUGUUUAUAAUGAAAGGGGUGGAAUUCGUCCAAGUUAUCUAGUGCAGGACACCAGUGGGGUUCAGUUGCCUGCAUACCAGAAUGACACCACCCAUCAAAUUAAACAGAUUUAUGAUGAUGGUGAUAUCCAUAAAUCAAAACGAAAACUUGGUUUUACGUGGUAAAAAAAGAUUAGUGUCUGUAAUGGAGUUGUGAGAAAUCUGAAACAAAAUGUUCUUUCCUGGUAUCCUUCAUCAAUUAAAACUUCAAAUAUGUGAAAGAUUACAGUACGUGGUGUAUGACUUCUUUUACCCAUCACUUGUGUAUCAACACAAAAUCUAUAAGAAACUAUGCAUUGUUGUGCUAUAAAGUGCAAGUCAUUACAACUCUUAUGAAGCUGAUACUGUAUCUACUUAGACCACCACUCUAUAAAUACUGACUGCUAAGUUACUGUGGCAAAUAAAAAUGGUAAAAUUUUCUUCCGA